UAUUGAGUCCUGAGAAAACCUACUUAGUUAUCUCACAGGCGAAGAUCCACCAACCAUAGAAGAAGGCUUCAAGUUGUUGUAAGCCGGACACUACCCAAGGUCAUUAUUCUCUGUGAACACGCUUGUGCACUGCGAAUUUAUAAACUGUAUACCUUGGGAUGCCGGGGCAGGCCGGCCCAUCUAACGGUGGGCCGGGCCCUAAUAGGGAGUCCUCAACACAAAAUGGUAAAAAGGAUGCUCGAUUUCCACGUCGUGCUGUCAGCCCUGGACCUCUCUCGGAUCCACGGCGUAUAUCAGCAAAUUCGGGGCCGCUAGCGGCGGCGUCUACUCUGACGACUCCUCGGCCCGCAGUCGGGGUACGCAUUCGCGACAAGUUCGUGCCGCUUCCAGAUGCCAGCAGGAAGCCCCAGGUAGUCGUUGAGGAGCUAGAGGAGGAGCCUGAGGGGUCUCCGGAGCCAUCUCCGGUUGCGGCACCUCUAGCCCAGAAGCGUGGUCGCAUCACAGUGAUCACCGUAGCCGAGUCCUUCAACCGUAAGGCCCUGGAGGCCGCCCUACAGCAAGUAGCAGCAGCCGCAGCAGCAGCAACCACCGACACCUCACAACCAACCACAAGCAACGGUCAACCCCUACCAGGCACCCCAGCGACAGCAUCCAAGUCAUUCCCACACCGCAUGUCAGCACCUGGCACCGGCGCCGUCUGCAGCAUGCCCCCCGCGGCUGCUGCGGCCUCCGGCUCCUCCUCCUCCUCAGCCUCCACCGCUGCUCCGACGGGAGGCAUGCCCACCGCUGCGGGUGGCAGCAGCGGAAGCGGCGGCGGGGGCGCAGCAGCCCUCAUAGCCGCCGCAACCGGACCCGCGACACCGGCCCGCCACAGUGCGACGUCCAUAGCUGGCGCCGCCACACCUGCUGACGUGGGCGCCGCCGCCGGUGUGGCCAAGGUGACGACGGCGGUCACCGCGUACCCGGAGGUGACGUACGCUCGUACGGCACAUGGGGAGGCGGCGGAGUCCCCCGGGGAGGUGUUCUUCUUCGAUUACGGUGUGGUAGCGUUCUGGGGCAUGAGUGAGGCGCAGGAGCAGGCGCUGCUGGGAGCGGUGGUGGGCAGCCCGGGGGUGGCGGUGCAGGUGCUGGAGGAGGAGGAGAAGCAGGUGGAGGAGCUGCUGUUCGUGUACUCGCGGGACUCGCAGCCAAACAUACGCAACGACACGUUCACCAUCGACAGCCGCCUGGCUGGGGACCACCAUGUCAAGAUGUCUAUCAGCCACGCGCUGGCGCAGUCCUCCAAGCUGUCGCUGUACGAGGAGCGCAUGGUGGCGCUGGUGGAGGAGGUGCGGCACAUUCCCCGGGAGAUGGCGGAGCGGGGCGCCAUCAGCCUCAGCAGGCGCACGGUGGCCCAGCUGCAGGGGAAGGUGUUCCUGCUCAAGGCGGCGGUCAACCUGAGCGCCACCAUGCUGGACACUCCCGAGUUCUUCUGGAGGGCGCCGGACCAGCUGCAGGGGCUGUACGAGCGUGCGUGUGAGUACCUGGACAUCCAAUCGCGGCUGGAGAUGCUGAACACCAGGUUCAUGGUGCUUCAGCGCAUGUUGGACAUCUGGUCCGACCACUCGGCGCACCGCCACAUCGCCCGGUUGGACGUCAUCAUCGUGUUGCUCAUCCUGAUCGAAGUGGUCAUGGCGGGAAUGGAGGUGCUGGGCUUCCUCAUGCGCAGGAGGGGGUGGAGCUGGGGCGGGCCCAGGCUGGGGGAGCUGCUGAUGCGGGCGCUGGGGUGGGGGCGGGCGGCGGGAGGGCUGCUGGGGAGGGGGUGAGGAGAAGCAGGACAAACAGGAGCAGGACGAGCAGGAGCAGCUAGCGGGGGUGGAUGCAUGGGGAAGGAGAUGCUGGAGGAGCGGGUAGGGAGGUGCAGGAUGGCGCAUGUUUGGUGCAUAUUGCAUGAUGGAGCGGAUGGCUGGAGAUCAGGACAGAGUGGAGGGCAACUACCGUACUGCUGGGGCAGUUAGGGCGGGCCGUUGGUACCGGAGGCAACUGUUCCUUCGCUGAGCCGACGAAAACGCUUAGGGCUUUGGGAAGGGGUUGUACUCAGGCCCAAUCCAUAUCUCGCCCAGUCACGCCAGCGCGCGGAUACAUGGAUGUGUCACGCCGGCUGUGGAGCAUUUGAAAAGUUCCGCG